UCCCGGGAGUAUAAAUGACUCCGGUCUACCUUCCACGGAGUCACAGAACUGAGCGGCAUCGCAGAAGCCGACAUGAAUCCUCUGAUCGCGUGUAUAAUUGUCGGUCUGGCAGGGUUCGCUCUAGCCGAGGCGCCUGUGUCCUCCGGUUACAACUACAACAGACCUACCGGUGGUGGAGGUUUCGGCGGCUUCCUUGGGGGUGGCGGUGGCGGUGGCGGGGGCGGUGGCGGUUAUACCCAAGUGUCCACCGGCUACCAGACCAACGAAGGUGCCUCUGUAGAUGGAGCACUGCUUGAACAAAUCCGUCAAAUUCUCCUGAAGGAAGAGCAACAGAGUGGCGGAUCAGGAUUCGGUGGUGGAUCAGGUGGUGGAUACGCACCUAGCUCUAGCUAUGGUGCUCCAUCGAGCAGCUAUGGUGCUCCAUCCCCACAAUACGGCGUGCCCAGUUAUCAGACUCGCGUCGUAGGUAUUGAUCUCGAGGGCAUCAGGCAGGCUAUUCAGGUAGCCCAAUUCAACCAGAUUAGUCAAGGAUCUGGAGGAGGUUAUCCCAGCGGACCCAGCACGGGAUACGGAGCACCUAGCAGGCCAUCCGGCUCCUAUGGCGCACCGUACUAAGAGAUCAUAUUGAAUUUGUAUGAUGAUGAUGAUGAUGACGAUGAUGAGAAAGAGAGAGAGAGAGGGAGAGAGAAAGUGAGAGAAAAAGAGAGAGAGAGAGAGAGAGAGAACAAAAGAAUGAGCGAGAGAAAAAGUGGAAAAUGGCAUCCGCCAACGACGACUACUUUCCGAGACAUAGCCGAAAUAUAAUAGAAACACAUAAAAGGAUUUAUGAAAAAAAUCAAAUCUACUUACAAGAAGGUCAUGACUGUUUACGAAUCACUAGACCAGUUUCUCCUAAAGUGACACACUUCUCAAACUCGGAAGGUUGUCGAUACUAAGAUCAAAUUGUCACGUAUCUGCUUCACGAAGAUCAAAAAGAAUCGUCCAAGUUGGACCGCUGAAGGUUCGCGUUACUAUCUUUGCGGUUUCCAACAUUCUCUCAUUUUUCAAUCUCAAUGUCAAGAUAUGUAACUAGAGAACAAGUAAAAAUGAGACGAGGAAAAAUGUAGAUCCUUGAGACGGAUCCUGAUUCGUUGAAGAUCAAAUAGUCGUCGCUUCAACGGUUCGGGAUAUUCCAGGACUUGGGAAACAGCAAUUCAGCGCACACAAGCAGCACCCUUCUCUGAGUUCUCGACUUGUUGGAGAUUUAACGGUCGUCGCUCCGACAAGUUGAGGACCACGGCAGUGAACAUGGGGCCAGUUUUAUCUUCUUUUCUUUGCUUUUCCAAGGACGGUUCUUCUCAAGACGUGUUUUGAGCAGCAGUUGGCGGGAUGCCAAAGAGUCUACCGUACCAAAAUCACAUCAACCGUCGCGGUCGUUAUCCGCGCGCGUGAAAUCAACGAGAUCAAUGACAUCUCGGAGAAGACAGGCGCAAUCGUUGACGCAGACUUCACACAUCACACAUUCCCGACAAUUGGGAUCGCCAGGAGUCACUCAUAGAACAAAGAAGGAGCGGGAGGAGGAGGCCGUCAAGCCGAAGACGUGAUCGGCGCAAAAAAGCGCUCUCUGUAAAUAAAAUUCCGUCGCGCGUAGCGUUCACUGCGUGAUUUGGCUAUGUUCCGCCGAAGGGUUGAGUUCAACUGCGAACGACGCGGAAAACAUCGGAAGACCUUAAAAGACUAAAUCAGGAGAUCCAAAGUCAGUAGAUCAUGAAAAACAGUCUUCCGACCCGUUUUCUCCCCGAAUAGCUCGCACAAACGUAUACUCGACUUCGCGCAGGAUAAGAAUAGAAAUUUAUCCGCUCGCGAGAUCACGAUGGUGUUCAUCGGUGGAAAAACAAGCUGGUUUGCGGAGCGGACGCCACAACGUGUCGGGCGACACAUACACAAAGCUACGAAUACACAUUAUUUUUGUAUACAUUUUAUCGCUCUACUCCUUAACCACGCAUCUUUUUUACUUGUAUAAAGGCUUUUUUGUAGAAAAAAGAAUAAAAAAAAACGUCGCCACCGUUAAAAAACC